AAGAAAGCAAGAAACGUAAUCGAAUGUUCUUGGCGUCACCGAGAAUUCAACAGAGCAAGUCGGCACGAUCGAUCAACUCGAGCCUAAUCAUGAGUGCAGUGGAAGUCGUAUCCAAUUGAACAAGCACGUUUCGGACCUGCUGCUGCUCGUCCGGAUCCCUCAUCCUGAUCCACAUCUGAAUCUCCUGCUCCCUCUCAUCCACGAAACCUCGGUCGUCUGCUCCGCUCUGCUCGCUGUUUGACUACACGACCCACAGAACACUCGAGCCUCUGCGGAAUUACACAAUCGCUCGCUUGCAAUCGCUUUUCGUCAUCCGUAGAUUCUAGAUUGCAGUCUCGAAGAUCGUCGCUCGCUCGCUCGCUUGCACACUCGUGCGGCUCAUGGCGAAGGCACGAAUCUGCCAUCGCUGAUCUCGCGACGGUCGGUCCGGGCCAUCAUGCGCCGCCCGCCCUUCUUCGAGGGCGGCGAUGAAGGAUGGUCCGAACCGAGUCCAACCACGAACUACGUAGCACAACACGACCGCAUGGCUGACCGCACAGUCGGUCCGGUCACGGUCACGGUCACGAGCAAAGGUCGAAGAAGACCUCAGAAGAACGCAGUUCGAGACAGAACCAAGACUCGCGACGGGGUUGCAACGUCGUUCGCGGGCCCGUCCCCGUUCCCGUUCCGGCACGCCGACAUGCGAUUCGACGGAGUCGACGGCCGUCCGCCGGCGUCGUCGUCGGUCGUCGGUCGGCGAUGGCGAUGGCGAUGGCGAUCGUGAGUCGAUGGCAGCAGCAGCAGCAGCGCGCCGGGCCGAGUCGAGGGAGGGCGGGGAUGAUGAUGCGCCCACUGUCCACGACUCCGCGAGCGUGUCGGCCUGCGAUAGGCAGCCAUUAAUGCUGCAAAUCGAGCGUAACGUCGGGCUCGCGAGAGGAACUCAAGUGACUGCGCCGGGAAAUUAAGAGCGAGGGAAUAUGAUGGAGGUCGGAUCGCCUACAGUGGCGAGCCAUGCAGCAGCCCUCUCGCCGCCCGCGAUCGCUUUCGCUCUACAGUCGUAGAAGUCUGAGGGAUCAUGCCUCCUACAGUACAAGUUGAUGUGCGUGUUGACGGCCAGGCCCUAUAAAGCCUCCUCUGCGCCACUUCCUCAAUGGACCAGAUUUCUCAUCGCUCUAAAUUGCUUCCUAGAUUCGCACACUACCAUCUUUCCACUGGUCCGGUCUGGACCUGCGCCAGCAAUCUCUGACCAGUGUCGUCGGCAGCUGCAGCACGAGAUGCAGAGAAGGAUGGGGUCAGUUAACGUGGCAAUUCCGGCGCAAGCGCUUCAUCAUCUGGUUCGAUCGCUCGUGCUCUCUUUCCUCAUCUUCGGCACCUCAACAGCUUUAGUUAGCGCUGCGAGCGCCUGGGCCGUCACCGACUGGGCCGAUGCCCACGCGACAUUCUAUGGCGGGCAAGAUGCAUCCGGCACAAUGGGAGGAGCUUGCGGAUACGGUAACCUCUACUCCACCGCUUACGGAACAGCUUCCACAGCUCUGAGCAAUGCGCUUUUCAACAACGGGCUGAGCUGCGGGGCGUGCUUCCAGAUCAUGUGCAAAUUAGACGGGAGCAAGUACUGCUACACGGGAGGCAAGAGCAUCACCGUCACAGCCACCAACGCCUGCCCCCCGGGCUCCGAGGGCGGAUGGUGCGAUCCCCCGAAGGCCCACUUCGAUCUUUCGUACCCGAUGUUCCAGCAAUUGGCCGAGCCCGUCGGUGGAGUCAUCCCCGUGCAGUACAAGAGGGUGUCGUGCCAGAAGAACGGCGGCAUCCGGUUCACCAUCAACGGAAACGCGUGGUUCGAUCUGGUGCUGGUGACGAACGUCGGAGGCGGCGGAGACAUCGCCAAGCUCGAAAUGAAAGGGGCCAGCACCGACUGGUGCCCGAUGAGUCAGAACUGGGGUCAGAAUUGGCAAGCCAGCGGCCAUCCGGAAUUGUGCGGGCAGACUCUGAGUUUCAGAGCCACUCUCGGCGAUGGACGAUCUCAGGAAUUCUACGACGUAGCACCGAGCAACUGGGGCUUCGGUCAAACCUUCGAGGCCAACACCAAUUUUCUCUGACCCUUCCCCAUGCCAGGGCUAGGGACCCGACGGUGAUUUAGACCGCGGCAGGAAAGAAUGCCAGCCAGCCAGGAGUGCGGACCUGAGCGAGGCCGGCAGCUCAGCGAGAGCUCGUCGAGCAGAGGAGGCGUGUAUAAUAUCACACAGUGAGCGCCCCCUGCGGCCAGCGAGCAAACAAUAGCGUCGAAUUGAAACGUGGAUGCCGAGGCGAUCAAGAGUCGCCCGCUCCACCGGAAUUCAUCAGAGUAGGAUAAAUUAGAAAAAUGGCAGCUGCGGUGUGAGAGGAGCUACGAGCCGCCACCCACCCGCUCCAUGGUUAGAUCACUCAGACGAUCGAAGCUGAGGUGUUGUAGUAAAAUACAGUCACUCGACAGUCACCCGCUCCGAUUGAUACAAGUCUUCACUCGAGAAACCGGGAUCGAUCCACAUCAGAAGGUUCUCGCCGAGGUGUUGUACCUAAGCAUCGACAGCCACCCGCCCGAACCUUCAUCGAUCCUCGUAUUACUCGAGCAUAGAGAAUUCAUCACGUUACACAAUAAUGAUCCUACCAUGAUCAACGCCCGUGCCUUCCGAAGAGCACGCAUCUCCCGAGGGAGACAGAAUAUUCUCCACUUUUUUUCCAUUUGGCUUCUAGUUUUAUUUCCACAGGUUUCCUUGCAAUUCGAGGAUACAGCUCUGGUCGCGUAGUUGGCAAGCCGAGGUGAUGUAGUGAAGAGUCAACAGCCACCCGCUCCAAUGCAAUCCGAGUAAUCCGUAGUUCAGGAGAAGGCAGUAGAUGUCCUGUAAUAAGUGAUGCUGAGCUCAUGGAUAUAUGUCCCCAGUCGUCGUAGCAGCAGUAGUAAUAGGGAGAUACAUCAUUCCAAAAGAGCAUUUUACGCUUUUGGACGAGGAGGUGACCAUGUCUAUGCUAUAAUUUGUACGCUGCUGCUGUAUAAUUCGUCCUUUGCGAGUACGAGCAUACUCCGUGAGAGACAUCACAAAGAAUAAAAAUGGCGGCACUCCGCACAGCGGUGCCGCAGCUUGGUUUUGAG